AUGGCGUCCACUAUUUUUAUGGGCAAUGGAGGGGGAGGCGGAGAUGUCGAGAAAGCGCUGCGAAAAAUAGUGAAAGACGAAGUUCGUAAAGAGCAGCUCAAAUACGAUCUCCUGGCACAGGAAAGAGAAGCGGAACACACCAAACAACUUCAAGAUCUGGAAGAAAAACUUUUGAAACAGUCAGAGAUCAAACAAGCUGAACUAGAGCUCGAACUCAAAAAACAGGCGACCAAGAAUGAAAAAGCCUUGCAGGAACAGAAAGCGCUCCAAGAAGCACAAAAAUACAGCCAUCGAGCGGCCAGGGGAGUUCCGAAAUAG